CCAGCAGUACGGCACACAACUGGAGACGAACGCAAGCUCCUCGUUGGAAGACAAGAAAAACCUGGAUGGCUUGAUAUGAAGAGCGGGAGGACUUUGAUUUAAAAGAGAAAACGAAGGAAAAGACCCCGCGAUAGACGACAACUUUAAUGAAAAAGGAGGACCUCCAAUCAUAACUGAAGGUAUAAUUGAUUUCCUCUUCCAAAGGCAAAAUGAGCUGGAGCUUCCUCACACGUCUUUUGGAUGAGAUUUCCAAUCACUCAACCUUUGUGGGCAAAAUCUGGCUCACCCUCCUCAUCGUCUUUCGGAUUGUGCUGACGGCUGUUGGAGGCGAGUCAAUCUACUACGAUGAACAGAGUAAAUUUGUGUGUAACACGAACCAACCUGGUUGUGAGAAUGUGUGCUAUGACGCAUUUGCGCCAUUGUCACACAUUCGCUUCUGGGUGUUUCAGGUGAUUAUGAUCACCACUCCCACCGUCAUGUACCUUGGGUUUGCGAUGCACAAGAUUGCUCGUAUGGAUGACGAUGACUACAGGCCCCGGGGAAGGAAGAGGAUGCCUAUAGUGAGCCGUGGUGCCAACAGGGACUACGAGGAAGCAGAGGAUAAUGGAGAAGAAGAUCCCAUGAUAAUUGAAGAAAUUGAGCCAGAAAAGGAAAAGGAGGUCACAGAAAAGCCCAAGAAAAAGCAUGAUGGGCGCCGUCGCAUCAAGAGAGAUGGCCUGAUGAAGGUCUACGUGUUUCAGCUGUUAUCACGUGCCAUCUUUGAGACUGCCUUCCUGUUUGGACAGUACAUCCUUUAUGGCCUGGAAGUGGCACCGUCAUAUGUAUGCACACGCUCCCCUUGCCCACAUACAGUGGAUUGCUUUGUGUCACGUCCAACAGAGAAAACAAUCUUCCUGCUUAUAAUGUAUGCUGUCAGCGCCUUGUGUCUCCUCUUUACCGUGUUGGAGAUCCUGCACCUUGGCAUAAGUGGUAUCCGUGACUGCUUUUGCACACCACGACCUCGGCCCCCGACACCACGACACUCUGCUCUGGCUAGCCAGAGGUCUUCCAUCUGCCGACAACCCUCUGCACCUCCAGGCUACCACACAGCUUUGAAGAAGGAUCCAUCAGGGAAACUGGGAUUCCGAGAUAACCUGGGAGACUCCGGUCGCGAGUCUUUUGGGGACGAGGCGUCAUCGCGGGAGCUGGAGAGACUGCGCAGGCACCUAAAACUGGCUCAGCAGCAUCUGGAUAUGGCCUACCAGAAUGAAGAGAGUAGUCCGUCACGCAGCAGCAGCCCAGAGUCUAACGGCACUGCAGUGGAGCAGAACAGACUAAACUUUGCCCAGGAAAAGCAGAGCAGUACCUGUGACAAAGGUCUUCGUGCAUAGAUUCUCAUCAGCUGAUCAGUUCACACAAGGAGCAGUGAGAGGACACAAGCGAUGUGAACAAAGGAGUCUGUAUGCAUGAGUGGGACAUUGUGAAAUUGCUUGAGGUGGAUGAAGUCAGCCCAAGCCUUCCAGUGUUAUGGCCGACUGCGGUCGAGCAUAGAUUCAAAUUGAGAGAACGGUUGUCUCAACCCAGCAAUACUUGAGACACAAGCCGGUCUGAAGAUCCAAAGUGCUUAAAAACUGCCAUAGUGCAACAAGAACAGUCAACAUUACCGUGUACUUCUCCCUCAGGGCAGCUAUAUAUAUAUUUUAAUUACAAGACUUAGAUGUAUUAGUCUGAUUUUUUUUUUUUUUUUUUCUUUUUUUCUUUUUUUUUCCCUCCAGUGGAUGUUCAGUGAUUGCAUCUCAAGUUUGCCUUAGACUUAAACUGGAAAACUUCCUGGGAUUUUUGUAAGGCCAAGCCAGAUGUACAAAAAAAAAAGAAAAAAAAAAAGAUGAAACUGUAAGAAUUUUGUACGUUGUGUGGAAGUGAGAGUGCUGUUACUUUCGAACAAAGGGUUAAUGGACAUGGCGCCACUCAUAAAGGAAAGGAACUGGAGUUAUUGUCAUGCUGAUGAAGACUGAGGUCUUAAAUUUCAUACAAAGGUUUCCUUCAGGUGUGUCAAAUGAGUAAUUAUUUCUGAUGCCUGAGUGGUAACUGGAACACACUUGGGGUGCCUUUGUCCAAAGGAAUAAACAAACCUGGGUAAUGCUUGAAAACCAUGUAACUCUUGUUAUUGUCUUGUAUUGUUUAAAACAUUUAAUACUGUAUUUUUGUAUUGGUUUUAAGUGUUGUAUUGACUCUUGUCACUGUGGCCAACACUUUAUUUUCUCCUCUCUCUCGUUCCUCCAGUUUAUCGAAGAAUAUUUGCUACUGUCUUAGCUCUCUGAUGCCAGAUUCUGAUGGACUGGUUCAUUCUGAGAAAUGUUUGGUACAGUUUGAGUUAAAAUUACAACCAUUUUCUUUUUAAUAUUUAAAUACUAUUGUUAUUUUGGUAGGUACACAUCUUCUAUGACCAUAAAAUGUUUACUUUUUUUUCCGUACUGACUCAAAUGUAACUUUUUUUUGGUUCAGUGGGGAUAAAACUAUCUGAUGUUUUAUAACUGAAAGUGCUGAUUGCUGGAUGAGUGCUUUGACUGUUCCAGGAUCUGUAAUCAAAUCAAUGUGAAUUUAAUGCCUUGAAUGUGCUUUGAUAAGAUGCCAUCUUUUUAUAUUCUGAAUAAUGCCCACAGUGCCAGCUCAUAUUUUCAUCUCAAGUUAUUUUUGACCAAUGCUUUUUCUACUUUUUUAAUACUUUUUGUAUUGAUAGAACUUUGUGGUUAGUUUUAAAAUAAAACUUUACAGCAAAUUCCAA